AUGUCGAAUCAACCACCCCCUCCGUUUGGUGGCCAUCCAAGCUAUGCGCAACAGUGGCCGCCGCCAUUUCCUUUCAUGGUCCCUCCGAACUUCGUUCCAAACUCAGGUUCGCAAGCUACUGGACCUCCGCCCCUCGUCCAUCCUUCCCAGGCCUUUGAGUACAACUUGGCCAGUGCCAAUGCAAACUCACGUAUCCCAGUUCCGGGCAACUCUGGCGACCAGGGCAUCUUUCUACCUCCUCAGCUUCCAUUCAUGGGCCAGUUUGAUCUAUCACAAUUUCCACUGCCAUUUCCCCCUAUGCCAAUGUCCGCAUUCGGUGCUCCACCCCCGCCGGCGCCACCAGGGUCAUCCCUCGUUCCAUCAGAAUCCAUGAAAUCCGAUGGAGCCGUCGCAAACCUGUCUGGCUCUCAACGUCAAGCAAGAGAAUCUCUGAGCCCGUCGGAUUCGAAAAGCGAAGAGGGUGAGGUUAGCGAAGGCGAGAUCAGGCAAUCUGUGAAUAUGAAGCCAGCCGCGAAUGCCAGGCUAAGCGGUGCAUCUGCUGCUCAACCAGCGAGCUUAGAAGAAAGAGAAAGCGUGUCUUCGCCGCUGUCACCUUCAACCAGAAGUAGUUCUCCUUACAAUCCCCCUCUAUCAGUUUCUGCGGACGCAGAUGUGGUGAAUCGUGCCAUCGAGCUGCAAAAACAAGAUGCAACAAAUACAGAAUCGGAUGUUUCAUUGCCUUCCAAGUCGGCCGCGCAGCUCCGUGUUCAAGCACAGGGAGCUCUGCUUAGCUUGGCGCCUCACAACAUUCGGUACAAUGAGUUGGUAGCAGAGGGUAUUAAUCCAGCUAUCUUGAAACAACUUUACGAAGACGUCGGUAUCAGAAUCGCGACUCCCCAACCCUCCAAGCCAGCUGUUGUGGCCCCCGUUGAGAAACCCGCGAAACUCGAAUCCUCCGUCCAAGCCAAAACAUCAAAGGAGCCAACUCGGCUUGAGAACAACAAUGUCCCGCAACAGCCUACUCCUAGCGCCGCUCCAUCCAACUCUGGGAAGCCUAUGGAGAGAAAGGAACUUAUUGCCAAAAUGCUUGCUGCCAAAGCUGCAAAGGCUUCCCAGCCCACUACGCCCAAAGAAGUGUCAGAAGAAAGUCAACCAGCGGCAACUGCACCUAGUCUGUCGAUCACUCCUUCUAGUGAGAAGACUGAGGAGAAUGGUGCACCUGUGAAGGAGAAAAAUAAGGCUCAAACAGAAUUGGCACGUCAGCGAAUCGAGGCUCUCAAGAAGCAAGCAUUGCUGAAAAGCCAGCAGAGGGCUCAACAGCUCAGCCAGGCUUCCAAGGAGGUGCAGCCUUCGGUACCUUUGAAUCCUGUACCGGCUGUCCAUCACCCACUGCCUGUCCGCCCACCUGCUCCUCAUCCGUCUGAGACCACUGGACUCCCAGGUCUUUCCUUGACCGAGCUGAACCCCGAAGUCGAAUCGCAGACUCCUAGUACAGGACCAGCGGGAAUUGCCGUUGAUGCAACCCCAUUGGCCAGAGCCAAUCAGCGCAAACGGCCCCUGGCCUCUGAUUUUGAUGACGCCGGCACCACCCAGAAGAAGCAUUUCCAAGCAGCAGCCCCAUAUGCUGAUGACGACUCGGAUAAACUGAUCAUUCACAUCAGUGACGAUGAGUCUCUGUACGGAGACGAUGAGGGCGAGGAUAUGGACGUGGAUUCCAGUCCUGACCAGGAUCCUGCACCUGUGACCAUCAGCACACCUCUCAGUGUUGCUCAACCCCCACUUCAAAAAUCGCUCUCGGGCACAUGGGCCUCUACCUCUACCCCACAAGCGCCAUCUCGUCCUGGUGAUCAGGAGCAAAUGCGUCAGAAGAAUCUUGAAAUUCAAGCUUUGCAUCGAAAAAUUGCAGAGUUGGAGGAGCGGCGGAAAGCAAAGCUUGCCGCCAGCCGAACUCAAUCUCCGCGCAAUUUGGAAGAUUCCGCUGCUUCUCCAUCGGCUGAAGCCUCUGCCGCUUCGUCUGCCGAGCUUGUUGAGACACCACCUGCGCCUUCAGCCCCCGAAGUCAACAAAGCAAGUGAGGCAAUUACCCCACCCAGGGCCGCCAUUGCUGUCCGGCCCAGUGAGAUUGAUUCUUUCAGCUCGUCCUCAGUACAAAUUUUGGCUUCGAUGGACAGUGUACAGCUAGAUACUAUCAGGGGCAAGAUCUUGCACAUUAGGGUGAUCGAGCAGGGCCUUGCCGAUUCGAAUUCCGAGACCGUGCCCUCGGACCUUGCUUUGUGUCGCGAUGAGGCUGACAAGCUGUUACGCGGUUUCACGGAAGAGAAGGAGGAACGGCUUCGACUCAUUGAUGAGCUGAAGAAUUUGAGCCACAAGAUAAACGGUUUGACAACGAGGGAUCUGGACGAACUCCGUCGGCAAGCGGAAAUGAAGGAGCAACACCUUUCCGCGCAAAAAGUAUCACCAAUCACAGAGCCGGCCGCAGUGGAAAAGGACAUUACGAUGUCAGGUGCAGAUGUCCCAGCAGUGGCAUCUACCGAGGAAGAAGUUGCAGCUGUGGCAGCAUCUCAUUGCUCUGAAUCCGACUUUUAUGCUGCUGAGCCUACAAAUGUUGAUACCGUGGGCAGCUCUGAGGCUGAUGAGCUUCCAGCCCCGUCGCAACCCGGUCACACUUGUUCUGUUUUGGAUGAGUCUGAGGGCCGCUCCAGCUCCGAUGAGUCCAGCUCAGACGACUCUAGUUCUGGCGAGUCUAGUUCCGACGAAUCCGGUUCUGACGAAGACUCGGCCAGUGAGGAAGAACUUAAGGCGUCAGAUGCAGAGGAUAUGGCAGAGUCGGUUCAGACGGCAGACGACGAUCAGAUGCAAAUCGACACUCCACACCAUCCCCUGCCAGACCAACCACCCGUUCCUCCCGCUGAAGACGUUGACAACGAUGAAGAUGAUGAAGACAUUGAAGGCGAUGGAGAUAGUGAAGACGAUGAAGAAGAUCAGGACAAUGAAGAAGUUGAGGGCGGUGGAAAAGUUAAAGGCGGUGGAGACGAUGAAGAUGUUGAGGAAGAUGCUGACGACUACGAGCCCACUGAUAACAAUGAUCAGGAUGGUGGCCAGUCCGACGCCGAGUCUUCCCCGGAGUCGGAAGCCUAUGAGCCUCCGGAACCAGAUGCUGGGGCCGAGUGGCCUCACUCUACCUACAGCCCGCCUCCCCCUGCUCCCUUAGAAGACACUGCAGAUGUGGAACCAUCGCUUGAUUUGUCCAGAAUCGGAGAACCACUAACGGAGACCCCUCGGGUGUCCUUUCUAGAGGCACGGCCAGUAUAUCAAGGGCCAGAUGCGGAAAUUCUUGGUGCCAAACCGUCGUCGACGACCUCCGUGCCCAAGUUCACUCCCUACGUCAGUCCCAUGCGAUACUUCAAGGCCUACCGCUACCACCCUCGCUACACCGAAGAUGUUUCGGACGGCUACCGUUCGCUAACUUUCAGCAAUGAGAUUGAUCCGAUGAAAUACCUUUGCCCAUACGAACUGGCUGGUGGUGUGUGUAACGAUCGGUCCUGUGAAUUCCAGCAUUUCCGGGACAUGAAUCUAAGCGAUGACAAGAUUCUCAUCCAGCUGGGAUCCGUUCGAGAAGGACAAACCGAGGAAGAAAAAGAAACCUACCUCGCCGGGUUGAAAGAGAUCAUCAACGAGAUGCGGCGUGACAAGGUGAAAGAUUUCAACACCGUGGCUUCUGAGAUAGCCGCAUACCGUAGGCGCUUUCUUCAAGACCCAUCGCGCGUCUUGCCCCUGUAA